GCAAGCCGCCAUAGCAAUAGCACCUUCUGAAUUUUCUGAUUUCAGUCUCUUUGAGCUUUGAUUUUAAGCUAGGUUCAUUACAUAUAAAUAUCUAAGUUAUAAUUUUAAAAUUUGAGCUGAACCUGGAGCCUAAGUCACACAACAUACCCCUUUCUAGGUAUUAAUGCCUUAAUCUUUGUGUUUAUAUUAAAUAGUCACAUCUCAAAAUGCCUAAAAACAUAACUAGUGAAGUGCGCGAAAUAAUAUUAAAAGUGAAAGAGUUUAUGGACGAAGAGAAACGAAUGCAAGUUCCUAUAAUUCCUCUGAGUAAAGUUUAUGUUCGAGUUUCGGCCGCCACAGGUGUUUCAGAGCGCACCGUUCUUAACAUCGCGAGGGAAGCACGACUAGUGGAACAAGGCCUCUUAGACCCUGAAACUUUAAAAAAGAGUCCAAAAAAAAGAGUACGAACUAAAGGUAAAAUUGAAGUUGAUGAGUAUGAUUUGCAAGUAAUCAGAAGAAAGAUUCACGAAUUCUAUGCUUUCAAAAAAGAAGUUCCAACUAUUAACAAGUUGCUACAAAUUUUAAAGGAAGAAAUAAAUUUCAAAGGUUCUAGAGAAACCUUACGUAAGAUACUCCGUAAGAAUGGUUUCCAGUUCAGAAAAACGAAGAACAAUAAAGACAAAGAACAAGCACCUCAGCAGCCCACAUCAGUACCUCCUAUGGUACCGCCAUACAUUCAUACUAUGUUCAGUCAUAAGUCCAUACAAUCAUAGAUAUAAGUUAAAUCAGUUUAGAUUAAGAUUGAAGACUUGAGAAUCUAAACUCUUAAGUGCUUUAUAAAAAUCAUCCCUCACUAGAGUAUAACUGUACAGUUCAAUAAUUUGUUAAUAAAAGGCAUGUAUUUAACGCGGCGACAAACUAAUCCCGUUUAGGAUUUUAAAAAUAAUUAAAACGGGUAGCAAAAAUAAUGGGUUAGGCAGCUACAGUAAAAUAGCAUUUUAAGUAUAAAGUAGCAACUUUAUAUUGUAUUCUAUUUGCUAUAUUCGCUUUAUUUAAAUUUAAAUUGGCAGUGAUUUUUUGGUGAAGCAACUGAAUUUAUUGUUAAGCGACAACUUGGCGGCGAAUAUAAAGUAGAGAAUAGGCCUUUAUAUAUUAUACAAUGAGAUUUUUUAUAAAAUUAACUGAGAUGAGAAUAAAAUAUGCACAUAGUUAUAAAAAACAUACUCUUUGCGACAUUUUAUAGGGUCUAAAUAAUGCAAAUUGCGGCAUGCAAAAAAUAUUAUUGGUCUAUACUAUUAUUUUUUUUAAUGGUAAACAGUAAAAGGCACAAAAGUAGAACAAUUAUCUUUAUUUAUUUAUGAAACAUUAUAAAUGAAAGAAGCUAUAUCAAGGUAGAUAAAAAGUACUACAACUAACAAAAAAAGCUGUUGCAAUAUUAGUGCAGGCUUUGAUUUAGUAGGGCGCCCACGUUUUCUUUUGAGCACACUCGGAAUCAAUUUUGCCUUUAAAGGUGGAGUGGUUAGUUUUAGCCGUAUGGCU